GAAGCUGGAUGCCACGGGACGGGGUCCGGGCAGAGCCCCGCGCACCCGGGCGGGGCGGCGGGAGCCGGUGCGGGGGGGACCGGGGGAGGGCAGGAAGCCGCGUCCUGGUCCCGCCCCGGCCCCGCUGACUCACGACGCGGCGAUAAGAGCGGCCCGGCCCGGCCCUGCACGCCGAUGCCCCGGGAUGUCCGGUACGCGCGGGCCAUGGGCGGCCCCGCCGCGCCGCUGCCCCGUGGGCUCCCGCUCCCGUUGCCGCUGCUGCUGCUGCUGCUCCCGGCGCAGUGCCUCAAGGGCGGUGCUGUGACUGUCCCAGAGACGCUGCUCUUUGUAUCCACUCUGGAUGGAAACCUCCACGCAGUGAGUAAGAGCACAGGGGACAUCAAGUGGACCCUCAAGGAUGAUCCCAUUCUGCAGGUGCCAGUCUAUGUGGCAGAACCAGCGUUCCUCCCAGACCCCAAUGAUGGCAGCCUGUACAUCCUGGGGGGGAAGAACAAGGAAGGCUUGAUGAAGCUCCCAUUCACCAUCCCAGAGCUGGUGCAGUCCUCGCCUUGCCGCAGUUCGGAUGGGGUGCUGUACACCGGGAAGAAGCAGGACACGUGGGUCAUCGUGGACCCCAAGUCAGGGGAGAAGCAGACCACGCUCUCAACAGAGGCCUGGGACGGUCUGUGCCCAUCCAGUCCCCUGCUCUACAUUGGCCGGACCCAGUACAUCAUCACCAUGUAUGACACCAAGUCACGGGAGCUGCGCUGGAACGCCACCUUCUCCGAGUACUCAGCACCGCUCUGCGAGGAGCAGUACCACUACAAGAUGGCUCACUUUGCAUCCAGCGGGGACGGGCUGGUGGUGACGCUGGACAAGGAGAGCGGGGAGAUGCUGUGGGCACAGAACUACGGCUCGCCCGUGGUCGGCAUCUACGUGUGGCACCAGGACAGCCUGCGCCGCGUCCCCCACCUCAACCUGGCCAUGGAGACCCUGCGCUACCUCACCUUCCACUCGCAGGACAUCUACGUCCCCAAGUGGAGCCACCAGUCCCUGAAGGACUUCACCAGCACCAAGACCCAGCUGCUGCCAGCGCUGUACGUGGGGAAGCACGCAGCCAGCUUCUAUGCCCUGACAUCCCUGGUCCACAGCAGCGUGGCGCUGGUGCCGCAGGGCAUCACGCUGGCCAGGAUCGACGGCCCCACCACGGAGGAGGUGACCAUGAGGGAGUCGGGGGAGUGCGAGAUCACACCCAGCACUGACGUCAAGUACCCGCAGGGCAGCAUCACCGCGCUCCGCAACCAGUGGCUCCUCAUAGGGCACCAUGAGCUGCCCCCCGUGGUGCACACCACGAUGCUGCGGGCGUUCCCAGAGAACCUGCGGAAGACGACAGAAACCAUCAUCCCCAGGGCCCCGUCUGCCAGGACCCUGUUCGAUGAUUUCCUGGCCCCAAGCAGUGCGGAGGAGCCGGCCCUCCGCAGCGAGGAGCAGUUCCCAUCGGAUCCUGCACCAGGGGAGCAGAUGGAGGUGUACCCUGAUCCCAGUGCAUGGGACCUGGUGAUGGCUGCUGUGGGCACGGCUCUGCUGGGCGGGGGGGUCCUGUUCCUCCUGUUCACAAGGCUGCAGAGGCAGCACGUGGAGCAGCAGCAGCAGCUGGAGAAGCAGAUUCAGCUCCUGCAGCAGCAGCAGGAGAUGCUGCUGCCCGGCCGGGCCUCCAGGGAGGCUGCUGCUGCGGAGCCGGGGCUGAGCCAGGGCAGCGCAUCCCAGCCCUCACAGGGCCCCUCAGCCCACCAGAAGGAGCUGGCUAAUGGGACAGCCAGCCUGGAUCCCGCUGCGCCGGCGGCCGCUGCAGAUGCAGAACCAGACAUGGUUGUGGUUGGGAAAGUUUCCUUUAACCCCAAGGAUGUGCUGGGCCACGGAGCUGGAGGAACCUUUGUCUUCAGGGGACGGUUCGAGGGCCGGAACGUGGCCGUGAAGCGCCUCCUGCCCGAGUGCUUCCACCUCGUGGACCGCGAGGUCCGGCUGCUCCGGGAGUCCGACGAGCACCCGCACGUCGUGCGCUACUUCUGCACCGAGAGGGACAAGCAGUUCCACUACAUCGCCAUCGAGCUCUGCUCCGCCACGCUGCAGGAGUAUGUGGAAAGCCCCAGCUUUGACCGCCGUGGCCUGGACCCGGUGUCUCUGCUGCACCAGACCAUGUCAGGGCUGGCUCAUCUCCACUCCCUCAGCAUUGCCCAUCGUGACCUGAAGCCCUGUAACAUCCUCAUCUCUGUCCCAAACCCCCACGGGCAGAUCCGAGCCGUCAUCUCCGACUUUGGCCUCUGCAAGAAGCUGCAGGGGGGACGACAGAGCUUCAGCCUCCACUCUGGCAUCCCUGGCACCGAGGGCUGGAUCGCACCCGAGGUGCUGCAGGAGGCUCCGAAGGAGAACCCGACGUGUGCUGUGGACAUCUUCUCAGCCGGCUGCAUCUUCUACUACGUGUUGUCAGGGGGACAGCACCCAUUUGGGGACAGCUUGCGGCGACAGGCCAACAUCUUGUCAGGCUCUUACCAGCUGAGCUGCCUGGAGGAAGAAGCUCAUGACAAGCUGGUUGCAAGAGACCUGAUUAUGGCAAUGAUCAGCCCUGAGCCCCAGCACCGGCCCUCGGCCCCCGUGGUCCUUGUGCAUCCCUUCUUCUGGAGUCAGGAGAAGCAGCUGCAGUUCUUCCAGGACGUCAGCGACCGCAUCGAGAAGGAGCCCGCUGAGGGGCCCAUUGCCUCUGCCCUGGAGGCGGGCGGGCGGGCGGUGGUGAGGACCAAUUGGAGGAUGCACAUCUCCCUGCCGCUGCAGGCCGACCUGAGGAAGUUCCGCACCUACAAGGGGGCCUCGGUGCGAGACCUGCUGCGGGCCAUGAGGAACAAGAAGCACCACUACCACGAGCUGCCGGCCGAGGUCCGCGCCGCCCUGGGCUCCGUCCCCGAUGCCUUUGUGCACUACUUCACCUCCCGCUUCCCCCGGCUGCUGCUGCACACACACGGGGCCAUGAGGGUCUGCGCCCACGAGCGGCUCUUCCGCUCCUACUACUGCCAGGGGCCGGCAGGCGAUGGGAAGUGAGCAGGAUGCACCCCGGGACCGCGCCAGGCUCCGCGGCCGCUUGUCCCUGGAGCAGCCCCGGGCGCUCUCCGGUGUCCCUGUCUCCUCCAUGGGAUGAUGGGGGUCUCAGGACCGGGUUGCUCAGUGUGCAAGUGGGUUACAAGCAGCAUGACCCAGAGGAGCUGAGCACGGGGCAGCGCUGCUCCUGCCCGGGCUCUCCUGAGCCCAAGAGGGAUCCUCCGGGACACCCGCCUUUGCAAAUGCUUGCCUGAAAGCACCUGCAUCAGAGAUCCGGUGGCUGCCGGUGGACACGGAGCUUCGGGAAGGAAGAAGCAAAUGCGCUGUAUUUGCCUGAGGGUGGCUGCAGAGCAGGGCACCAGCAGAGCAGCACAGGCAGGCUGGGGCCAGGUCCCAGCAGGGCGCGCAGUGGGGAUCAGGGAGCUUCACCCCGUGCCACAUGCCUGGGAGAGCGGUUCUCUGAGUGCGUCCAACCUGGCUGUGACCUGGACUGAUAACUUCUUCAUAGCAUCAGACUGGUCAGGGUUGAAGGGACCUUAAAGCUCCUCCAGCUCCAACCCCUGCCACGGGCAGGGACACCUUCCACUGGAGCAGCUUGCUCCAAGCCUCACUCUUGACACUGGAGGUGAUCCCUCAGCACAGCAGAGGCACACCAGGUCAGCUCCUGGUACCACCCCAGGGCUGCUGAGGACAAGGCAGCACCAACCUGGAGGGGGCUGAGGGGCCUCCAGGACAAUCCCAAUAAUGAAGUUUUUAACCUCAGCUGGGCUGAGAAAUGCUUUUGUCCCUUUUGGUUGCUGCAGCCUGUGACCAGGCCUGGCCCAGAGCAGAGUGGUGCAGCUCUGGGAGCUGUUGUCCCAGGACACCAAGGCAGGGAUCACCCCCGGGAUCCUCCCAUCUGUUACCCCACAGCCUCCCUGCUGCCCCAGGGCUGUUCUGGUUUAUAGCAUCCCCGUGGGCAUGUAUUUAAUGCAGCAAGGUUUCCUCUUGGGAAUGGCAAUAAUUGUGUACAGUGUGAUUCCUCUGUGCCGGGGUGUGGGAUUUUGUCAUGCAGGUAACAAGGGGUUUGUACCUGGUUUCUUUUCAGGAUGCUGUAUGGUCUAGAGCCUUUUAUACUAAAUGUUAUUAAAAAACAACUGAAGA